AUGUCUCUCGCAAACCCCCGCCGCCGAUCGCCUGGCACUGCACUGCUUGGCGAGGAUGCGGACAACGUCUCAACUCAACAAGCCUCCAUUCUCCUGAAAGGCGCCACCUUCCAUGCGCCAACGUCCCCCACACCAGCGGAUGAACAGACCUUCUUGCCACCGUCGCUGCCCCGUGCCCAAACCCAUCUUGACGACGCCGUCGGUGCGAAUCAGCGUCGCAUCGAGUUGGCGCUCAAUGACAUCGAGGACGUACUGGACCUCGACAAGUUGACAUUGUCCACCAAGGACGACAACAAGUUUUUGGCGCGCGAUGAAAACAUCCCCAUCCGCCACGGAUUCUUACAGAACCCGAUUGUCGAUCCUGUUCUCGCCAAGCAGCAGCAGAGAGUCAUUGCUCGUCCGCGAUCGCCCCGCCGCAUCAGUGACGACCAAGUUGACAGUGGUCUCGGCUCCUCCAUCGCUUCUUCGGACGAAGAAGUCACAAAGAAGAAUAAGAAGUCAAUGUCUGCCGUAGCCAUCACUCGCUCCGCGGCAAGUCUAAACCGGAUCCCGGCUCCUACGUUCAGCAAAAAGGCGAUCAGCCGCAUCCAUGAGCACAUUGUCCUCCCUCUCUUGGAGCGAGAGUCCCUAAAGGACUUUCGUCCCAUUGUCAUCGACGUUCCCCGCCGAAUCUCGUCCAAGGAGAUCGUCUGCCUGCGCGACCUCGAAAAGACGCUCUUGUACAGCGCACCGGACAAGGCCAAGUCGGGCAUUCACUACCUCGACUUCUGUUUGAGCUCGGUUCGAUGCAUUCAGGCUACCGUCGAAUAUCUUACCGACCGCGAGCAAGUGCGACCCGGCGAUCGACCUUUCACCAACGGCUACUUCCUCGACCUAAAGGACCAGAUUCUACAAUACGGACGCGACCUCGCCGCUGCUAAGGGCGACAGUUCCAUGGACAUUGACCAAGGCGAGGAAAUCAAACUCUAUGGUGGAAUUGCCGAGAAUGGCCGUCCUGCAGAGCUAGUCCGAGUCCGCCACGAUGGGACUGCCGUGUCCAUGGCCACUGGUAAGGAAAUCGACAUUGGCGAGGGCCCCGUCCAGUUCAAGCGUUCUGCCAGCCAGCAGCGCGAGGAUGAGGAGGAGAUCAUGCGUUCCAUGGCCCGCCGCAAGAAGAAUGCUUCCCCUGAGGAGCUGGCCCCCAAAAGAUGCCGCGAGCCUGGCUGCACCAAAGAAUUCAAGCGUCCCUGUGAUCUGACCAAACACGAGAAGACUCACUCGCGUCCCUGGAAGUGCCCCUUCUCUACUUGCAAGUACCACGAGUUUGGCUGGCCCACUGAGAAGGAGAUGGACCGCCACGUAAACGACAAACACUCGGACAAGCCUGCCAUGUUCGAGUGCCAGUUCAAGCCAUGCGCUUACAAGUCAAAGCGCGAGUCGAAUUGCAAACAGCACAUGGAGAAGGCGCACGGCUGGGCAUACGUGCGCACCAAGACGAAUGGCACCAAGAAGGUUGGAGGAAGUGUACCACCUCAAGCCAUGGUCCAGACGCCAAGCUCAAUGCAGCAGACGCCCCCACUGGCCAACGCGUCCACGCCUUCAGACGCACACAGCGUGGCUACACCUCCUCAGGACCCCUUCGUAGGCCAUCCUGGCCACAACGACUUUACCUCGCUGCACCCUCAGUCCGACGCGGACUGGAUGGCCUCGUACGGGAUUCAGACUGAGGCCCUUGAGGGAAUGGAUCAUUUCGAUCAGCAGCUCUCUCCGUCAUCGGCCGCUUCGUAUGAGCAGUUCCCGCCCUAUCAAAACGGGGCUCAGUUUCUCACAGACGAGGAGAUCUACGCAGCCACCGCUCGCAUGCCGCACCAGCAGGUGCCUCUUGACGGAUCGCUAUUUUACGGCGGCAAACUGAUACCGCACGGAGGGUUCCAGGUCCACCAACCCCAGAUCCUCCCCCAAAUGCCUAUGCCUUCUCAACACCACCACCAGCAGAUGCAGACUUACGGCAACGCGCAACAAUUCCACGCAGUGCACCCGAGUGCGCCGGCACCACACUUUUCUCCCAACGCGAAGCAGAACCCGAUGUUCUGCAGCCCGCCCAACCCCGUAGACGAUGGAUACGAGGAGACAUUCCAUACUGUCGAUGGAGGUGACUUUGAGCUUCUCCCAGUCAAUAUGGGGAAGUCGGGCAUGCCGCAGUCACUGUUCCAGGAGGCGCCCAGCGCUGAUCUGGGGUUCUCGCAGGUCACUGAGCCCGAAAUAUUCCGUGACGUGGAUGUAUCACAGAUGUCGCAGAUGGAUUUCCAACACCACUUCCACCCCUGA